AUGGAUGGAGUAAAUCACUCAGUUGUGUCUGAGUUUGUGUUUCUGGGACUCGCCCAUUCGUGGGAGAUACAGCUUGUCCUCCUGGUGUUUUCCUCUGUGCUCUAUGUGGCAAGCAUGACUGGAAACAUCCUCAUUGUGUUUUCUGUGACCAUUGAUCCUCACUUACGCUCCCCCAUGUACUUCCUCUUAGCCAAUCUCUCCUUCAUUGACUUAGGAGCCUGCUCUGUCGCCUCACCAAAGAUGAUUUAUGACCUUUACAGAAAGCGCAAAGUCAUCUCUUUUGGAGGCUGCAUUGCUCAAAUCUUCUUCAUCCAUGUCAUUGGUGGUGUGGAGAUGGUGUUGCUCAUCGCCAUGGCCUUUGACAGAUAUGUGGCCAUAUGUAAGCCUCUCCACUAUCUAACCAUCAUGAGCCCGCGAAUGUGCAUUUUGUUUACAGCUGCUGCCUGGGCCGUUGGCAUCGCUCACUCACUGUUCCAACUGGCAUUUAUUGUUAAUUUGCCCUUCUGUGGCCCUAAUGUAAUGGACAGCUUUUACUGUGACCUCCCUCGGCUCCUCAGACUGGCCUGUACAGACACCUACAGAUUGCAGUUCAUGGUCACUGCCAACAGUGGUUUUAUUUGUGUUGGUUCCUUCUUAAUACUCCUCAUCUCCUAUAUCUUCAUUGUGUUUACUGUUUGGAAACACUCCUCAGGCAGUUCAUCCAAGGCCCUCUCCACUUUGUCAGCUCACGUCAUUGUAGUCUUUUUGUUCUUUGGCCCAACUAUGUUUGUCUAUACAUGGCCACAUCCCAAUUCACAGAUGGACAAGUUUCUUGCAUUUUCUGAUGCUGUGCUCACUCCUUUUUUAAAUCCAGUCAUCUAUACAUUUAGGAAUAAAGAGAUGAAGGCAGCAAUGAAGAGAGUAUGCAAAAACUUAGUUGUUUACAGAAAGAUCUCUUAAGAGAGAGAGUAAGGCCU